UAUAGAAUUGGCAUGGAUUAAAAUACAAUAAGAGGAGAGUUUCGCGGCGCAAUUGAAUAUCGGAGAAGUUUGGCAAGGAAUGAGGAUAAUGGAUAAACCCGAUAGCCCACUAGUCGCGAAUCAAUAAUCUCACACAGGUCACACCAAUCAUCGCAGCCAUGGAUCGAUCGAACCACGACGCCGGUGCUUUUUAUCAGUCGAUUAACGCCCCGAGCACAUCGUUACCGGAAUUCACCCAGCACCCUCUUCCUGAUAUCAGCUUACAUCGGUUACCUCCCGAUUGCAGUGCUAAGGACCGCCCAGAAGCAGAACUCAGAGACUCUAUUGCUGCACGGAAAGUGCAGAAGGCUGAUCGGGAGAAAUUGAGGAGGGAUCGUUUGAAUGAGCAGUUCACAGAAUUGGGAAACACUCUUGAUCCUGAUAGGCCUAAAAACGAUAAAGCCUCUAUUCUCACCGAUACCAUUCAAAUGGUGAAGGAUUUGAGUGAUCAAGUUAGCAGGCUUAAGUCGGAGUAUGCAGCUCUUACUGAUGAAUGCCGUGAGUUGACUCAAGAAAAGAAUGAUCUUAGAGAAGAGAAGUCCUCUAUUAAAUCUGAUAUUGAAAGCCUGAAUGCUCAAUACCAACAAAGACUUAGGACUAUGUAUCCAUGGGCUGGGAUGGAUCAUCCUUUAGUCAUGCAUCCUCCUUCAUACCCAUAUCCAGUGCCCGUGCCAAUUCCAACUGGACCAAUUCCUAUGCAUCCAUCAAUGCAAGCUUACCCAUUUUUUGGGAAUCAGAAUCCAGCUGUUAUCCCCAAUCCUUGUUCAACUUUUGUUCCGUAUAUGACUCCAACAACAAUCAUUGAGCAGCCAUCCACACACGUCUCUCCAGCUGUUCAACCCAGUAGUAGGACCCAUGGUUUAAGCAAACAAGAUUCUAGACACAAGUCAGAUCAAGAAGAGAGCAGGAUUGAAAGAAGUGAGGGCUCAAAUGAAGUUGCAACAGAUCUAGAGCUCAAGACACCUGGAUCUACCUCGGAACAGGAACUCUCAUCUGGACAAAGGAGGGCUAAAAAACGGACAAUGGAGAACAACAGCCUCACAGAUGGAAGUUCUUCUAGUAGGUGCUCAUCGUCUCAUAGUGUACAGGCGUUUUCAUCAAAUAGUGUAGUUGGUGACUCAAAGAAAGACGAGAAAUGAAGGGAGUAGAAUAAGAGCCAGGUUUUCUACAGUUUAUACCUUACCUGGUUUUCUUUUUUACCCAAUUAGCUAUUCUGUAUCACAAUACAUUUGAUUAGUGAGGCGAGGGUAUUCCUGCCACAACGAGUAGCCCUUAAUUUGCUAUUUCUUGUAAGGUAUUUUCCUUGUACUCUGAAGUGGGUGUGGGGAAAGUUUUCUUGUCUUCAUGUAUUUCAACUACUACAUACCUUAUAAUGGUCUAACUUCCUUGUAUCCAUGUAUUUAAUGUAUUAAAAGAUGCCCCAAAUGAUUGACAAUUGUAGUUAUUCUUUUGA